GGAGAUGAAUUUUCUUUAGCAUCAGCCCGCGAGUGGGGGAUGCUGUACGUUUCUGGGGAGAAUUCGUGCUGCUUCCAAGACCUCGAGUGGGAGCUUGGAGAAGUUGCCCGGCCGGACGCCUCGGCGUGGGUGUGAUUUAGGAUUAUUAAAAGGCUAAUAUCAGGUGGAGGGGUCACGCUGCCUCCUGUAGCUAGCAGCAUUAUAAGCGAUCAAGGGAGCGAGGUAAAGUAGGCGUUUCCCAUCAGGCCUUGCGGCAACGGCGGCGCGGGCUGCGGGAAUGAGGUAAAAGCUGGAGGGGGCGGGGAGCUUCUAGCAGGAAAUUCAGCGCCAAAGCUGCGGUGGGGGGAGAGAGCGACGCGAACGAGUCUAGUCUAGGAGCAGCGCCACCUCCCAGCCCCAUGGCGGAGACCAAGGAAACGCAUGAGGAACAUGACACCUCAACUGAAAACGCAGAUGAUCCUAACCAUGAUCCUCAAUUUGAGCCCAUAGUUUCCCUUCCUGAACAAGAGAUCAAGACCCUUGAGGAGGAUGAGGAAGAACUCUUUAAGAUGCGUGCAAAGCUGUUUCGAUUUGCAUCAGAAAAUGAUCUUCCAGAGUGGAAAGAACGAGGAACCGGGGAUGUGAAACUCCUGAAGCACAGGGAGAAGGGAACAAUUCGCCUUCUCAUGAGGAGAGAUAAAACCCUAAAAAUCUGUGCAAAUCAUUAUAUUACACCUUUAAUGGAGCUGAAGCCUAAUGCUGGAAGUGACAGGGCAUGGGUCUGGAACACACAUGCUGAUUUUGCAGAUGAAAGUCCAAAACCUGAACUUUUGGCAAUCCGGUUCCUAAAUGCAGAAAAUGCACAGAAAUUCAAGGCAAAAUUUGAAGAAUGCAGGAAUGAGGUAGACAAGAAAGCAAAGAAGGCAGGCACAGAGAAAAAUGAUAAUGCUGACAAAGUUGCUGAGAAAUUAGAAGAGCUUUCUGUAAAGGAAGAGAGCAAAAAAUCUGAGAAGAAAGAAGAGACCAAGGAAAAAACUGAAGAAAAGCAAUAAAUCAUCUUGGGCCUUGUGUUUUUUCCUUAAUUUUUUUUAAUUUUUACAAGGGACUUUAUAAAGAACUGAAUUCCGACAUUCAGGUUUUUUUCUAAGCUUUUGCCCUUUGGAAGAUGUCUUCAGAAAAUCCAUUCCCCAGUCAUGAAAAUGUACUGUGCUAACUUUCUUUUCCAUAGUGGAAACACUUAUUUAUAGUCAUCCAAAAGAGUGAAUAAAACAAAUUUGAAAACAGCAUCAAAGGACAGAACUGAGUUUUCUAUACACUUCAAACACUUGUGAUUAUAAUUCUUGCACUUGGUGUUUACAUAUUUGAGGGUGUGUAUCUUCAUAUAAGUGAUGUAAUCAGAUUAGAUUAAGUGCAUUUUAAUCCUUCCUGUUGGUAAAAUUAUGCAGACAUUUCUUGUAUGGUAUGUUAUAUUAAAUUAGUAGAUUUAAACAGGCCUCUUAAACCAGUUUUGGGUGUUUGUGUUUGCUAAUUGAGGAUUGUUCCUGCUUGAUGGGGUACAUACAGUUUUCUUUAGCAGACCAGUAUACCUAUUGCUUCCUAUGAGGCUAUAGUGCCACAGAUUUCUGGAUGGUAGAACUUAUAAUACUCCUGGCACAACUCCACUGGUAUGAUGGCCACUUAUGGCAGACAGUAGUGGGGAAAAGGCAUCCUUUGACCUAUCAUUGGAUGUAAUUUAAUACGGUCUCAUGUAGGUUCUUUCAUUACAAAAAAUAAGUAGGAAGCAGCUUUUUAAAAGUCUUAAUGACUUUCAAAAGCUUUUAACCAUUCUAAAGAAUCAAGAGUACUGUUUGCGUUAGAAAAAAAAUUAUAAAACCUACUUUAUAUUGUAGAUAGGACCAUACAUCACUCAUGAUGUGCCAUUCACUGACUCUUAAGGACCAUCUGUUUACCAGAGAUAAUUAGUGGGGUUUUUUGUUUUUUUGUUUGUUUUCAUGUAUCUACUUAAUGUUGUUAUGGAUGAAUCUAACCUUGUUAGACAACAUGCCAUGGAGCUCCUCAAACCAGAGUUUCCCAUGGCUUUUGUGUUUUGUUUUUUGCUGUGUGCCCCACCACCAUCAUUUGAGUGGCAUAAGACGGUCCCCUACUCCUGCCUAUCCAGGACAGAAAGUGAUUCAUUGAGACAGGCAGAUGGCAGGACCCAGCUCGGCCUCCCUGCAGAAGUGCAUAGCCUCCCUUUCAUUCCUGCAGUGUUUAAAAUAGACAGGGUUAUGGCUUUCUGGUUGAGUGCAGUGCAGCAAACAAUGCUCAAGAAGACUGCAGUGGUCAGUGAUGCAUGGGAAGGCAGCAGGCUAUGGGUGGGGUUGCAUGUGCUUUCCUGCCCCCAAACCUCCCUGUACGCUCUUCCUAACUUGGACGCCUGGAGCCCCUUGCCCCAACUCACACACCCCAGAUAACCAUCUCCCACAGUUUGAAAUACAAUGGUGUAAGCAAUACACUCCAACAGUCACUUCCUAAAUUUGGCACUGAUGUGUUCAGAACUUGGAAUCACUUAACCAGAAAUUGUGGAGUUAUAAAAUACUUGCAUUUUAGAAAAGUAUGAGGUACUAAUACUACUACAAACAUUAAACCUAUAAUUUGAAUAUGCAAGAUGGAAUAUAAUGUUAAUAUGCUCCUAAAAUGGGAAUAAGUAGUAUGGUUCAAGCUGCUCCCUUAACAGUGGUUAUUAGCAAUGGAUCUACUUAGUUUCUAACUACUGCUAGAGUUUUGGAAGACUUAAACCAGGAUAGAAAACACAAUGUAAAGCCUUUACAUUCAGUAAAUGUUAAUUUUCUGGUGGACAAUUUCCUUGUACAAAAGUUAACACAGCUGUCAGUAAAACAAUUAUUUAAAAAUAAACUCAAUCUAGUCUUUCUAAACUGUAAAGAUGUGCUGACCAUUAAUAUCUAAAGGGAACUGAAUAUUGAUAGAGGGUCUAAAAGCCUGCUGACUUCCCUCAUGUAGACGCCUCCAUUUAUGAAAUUCAAAGUCUCCAAGACAAAGUACAUGGAAAAUUAGCAUUAAAUAUGCUUUAAAUUUAUGUAAAUACCUUUUUGAUGUUGUAGUAAAAUUGAUCAAAUCUGGAACUAUAAAGAAGGUACUCCAUUUUAUAUUAAAGGGAAAAAAUUAAACUUUUGGCAUGAGCAAAGUUUAUGUCUCUUCCCCAUUACUAGCACAACAGAUUUUCACAAGUCUUACCUGGUGUAGGAUUUGCCCCUUCCAAACACCAGAUACAUAAAUCAACUGUUCUAGAAUUAUAAAGCUCCUAGGGAAUAAAACAAAUACCUCAGCUGUCUCCUCCGUAAGGGAUCUCAGCAGCAUGAUGUGUUUGAUUUGUGUUUUUGAUUUAAGAUAGUAUUGUAUGUUUCCAAAUACUUAAUUUUACUGCCAUCUGAAUGUAAAAGCCAAAAUGUUAUGUAUUCAUGAAAGCCACUGUAGAUUUAAAUGGAAGCUGACAAGCAAUGUUUUUAAAUUUGUUAAAGGGGAGGUGAAGUUUACAAAUCUAAUUUCAAAAUAAACUAUGCGUUAAAUUUUUUCAUUUAAAAGAUUUGCUUUUUUAUUUAAAAAAAAAAAAACAACCAAAA